AGAGCGCUUGCGCAGGAGGGCAACUAUAGUGGAGAGGGGGCUCCCGAGCAGGCGCACAGAGGCGGGACUUGGAAAGCUCUCGCGAGAUCUUUCGCGGCUAUAUAUUUAUGCGGAGAGCCCGCGUCCUUUCCCUGGUGUGAUUCCGUCCUGCGCGGCUCUUCUGCGGAGUGGUCGUUUCUCUCCGUCCGCCUUCUCUCCCACCUGCGUGCGUGCUACCACCCCAUGGAAGAUUCGAUGGACAUGGACAUGAGCCCCCUGAGGCCUCAGAAUUAUCUUUUCGGUUGUGAACUAAAGGCCGACAAAGAUUAUCACUUUAAAGUGGAUAAUGAUGAAAAUGAGCACCAGUUAUCUUUAAGAACGGUCAGUUUAGGAGCUGGUGCAAAGGAUGAACUGCACAUUGUUGAAGCAGAGGCGAUGAAUUAUGAGGGCAGUCCAAUUAAAGUAACACUGGCAACUUUGAAAAUGUCCGUACAGCCUACGGUUUCCCUUGGGGGCUUUGAGAUAACGCCACCUGUUGUCUUACGGUUGAAGUGUGGCUCAGGGCCUGUGCAUAUUAGUGGACAGCACUUAGUAGCUGUGGAGGAAGAUGCAGAAUCAGAAGAUGAGGAGGAGGAGGAUGUGAAACUCUUAAGUAUGUCUGGAAAGCGAUCUGCCCCUGGAACUGGUAGCAAGGUUCCACAGAAAAAGGUAAAACUCGCUGCUGAUGAAGAUGAUGAUGACGACGAUGAAGAUGAUGAUGAUGAUGACGAUGAUGAUGAUGAUGACUUUGAUGAUGAAGAAACUGAAGAAAAAGCUCCAGUGAAGAAAUCUGUACGAGAUACUCCAGCCAAAAAUGCACAAAAAUCAAACCAGAAUGGAAAAGACUCAAAACCAUCAACACCAAGAUCAAAAGGUCAAGAAUCAUUCAAAAAACAGGAAAAAACUCCUAAAACACCAAAAGGACCUAGUUCUGUAGAAGACAUUAAAGCAAAAAUGCAAGCAAGUAUAGAAAAAGCGCAUUGAACAGUCCUGGGCACUACUGGUAAAUUAAGCCCAAAGAUGGGGAGAGAGGAAAAGGAGAGACAAAUAUAGUCCAUACUGACUAUCAUCAACAAUCCAGACUGAAGUCUUCUAUUUUAACCUCAAUCCCUUUUCCUGAUUUGCCAACUAUGUGCCCUCCCAGGCUGGAAACAAUCUCUUUGAUACUAAAGCACUUUCUUUUGGCUUCAGUGAACCUUACCCUUUGCUUUCUAUUACUUGUGCAUUUGCCUCUGACCAUGUUUUA